CAAAAAAGUAACUGUCAAAUGCACGGCUCCUUUAACAAGAGCGAUCAGUCCGGCUCCGAGAGUCAUGGCGACUACAGCGUCUAAUCAUUACAAUAUUCUCACCUCCAGCUCCUCCAUCGUGCACUCGGAGCCCGGGAGCAUGCAGCAAGGGACGGCUUACAGAGAUGCACAGACACUGUUGCAAAGCGAUUAUUCACUACAGAGCAAUGGUCAUCCUCUCAGCCACGCACACCAGUGGAUAACAGCACUGUCACACGGAGACGGGGCUCCGUGGUCCUCCAGCCCAUUGAGCCAGCAGGACAUAAAGCCCACUGUGCAAAGCGGCAGGGACGAGCUGCACAAUUCCAGCAGUUUGCAACACCAGCCGCGACCGCCACAUCUGGUGCACCAGCCGCAUGGGAACCACCACGACGCAAGGGCAUGGAGGACUACCACGGCAGCUCACAUCCCAAGCAUGGCUUCAUCUAACGGACAGAGUCUUAUAUACUCACAGCCGGGGUUCAGUGUUAAUGGCAUGAUUCCGGGGAGCAGUCAAGGAAUGCACCAUCACAACCUGCGAGAUAGCCACGAAGACCACCACAGCCCCCACCUCAGUGACCACGGGCACCAGCAGCCGCCACAGCAUCAGCACCAACAACAUCAGAGCCAUCACGACCAUUCAGAUGAGGACACCCCGACCUCGGACGACCUGGAACAGUUUGCAAAACAGUUUAAACAGAGGAGAAUCAAGCUGGGCUUCACCCAGGCGGACGUCGGACUCGCCUUGGGUACGCUUUAUGGUAAUGUUUUUUCCCAAACCACGAUCUGCAGGUUCGAGGCCCUGCAGCUAAGCUUCAAGAACAUGUGCAAGCUCAAGCCUUUGUUGAACAAGUGGCUGGAGGAGGCGGAUUCCACUUCUGGGAGUCCCACCAGCCUGGACAAGAUAGCAGCGCAGGGGCGGAAGAGAAAAAAGCGGACCUCCAUCGAGGUAAGCGUCAAGGGGGCUUUGGAGAGCCAUUUCUUAAAGUGCCCAAAACCUUCCGCCCCAGAGAUCACGUCGCUCGCGGACAGUCUUCAGCUGGAGAAAGAGGUGGUUAGGGUUUGGUUUUGUAACAGAAGACAGAAAGAGAAAAGAAUGACCCCUCCCGGAGGAGCCCUCCCAGGACCAGAGGAUGUGUAUGGGGACACUCCGCCACAUCACGGGGUUCAGACUCCUGUUCAGUGAACAAACACAACCCCCCAUCCCCCCCAACCCCCCCACCCCUCCCCGAAACUUUUUUUUUGAUUGUGUUUCUUUUUAUUUCCCUUAUAACAAACAGCAAAGCACUGGACUAUCCUAAGAGGUAGCAGGUGUUAUGAUAUGUUUUGAACCCGUACAAGGGGAGCAUCCAGGCAAUGCAGUGAGUAUUCAAAAAAUAACUUAAAUAAAUAGCAGGCUCUGAGAUUAAAGCUUUUUUUUUUUUCCAAAGGAGCGAAAUGAGAGAAUUUAUGUCCUGUAAAGAUAUGCCCAGCACUGUGACACGACGCUGUUUAAAUGUGUAGCCCCUUUGUGGAAAGAACGCUUGGAAAAGUAACAAUUAGAACUGAGCUGCAAGGCACAUAAGGUUUACAUUAAUUUUAUUAUAUAAAAUAGCUCAAUAUUAUUUGUAUAAUCCUGUACAGAAAUUCAGUCCACGACGAAAACAAAAUACAAAAAUGUUUUCAUGAAAUAACGCCAUCUUUACAUCAACAAAAGCAAAUGGAGUUGAAUGUAAUUACGUCCUCCUCUGUGCUAACAUUAAUUAGAAGUAAUCUUCCUCCAAUGACUCUUUAGUUGACCAGCAGGUUAAUCAGAGAUGCGUUCAAAUUGAAUGUAGUAGAAUUGUAUAGGUAUGGGAGCGAAACGCAGCUUCGUAGCCAAAUGUACGUCCACAUGCUUACUGUACAUCUAUGAAACAUUGUCAUUGGUAUUUCGUUAAAGGUUAUUUUUGUUAUUUUUUCCUGUAUGCGUAGCAGUGGGGGUAUUUGCCCUUUAUUUGAACCCUUUGUGUAAUUUAUAUUAAUUAUAAAACAACAACAAUAACCGCAGCCUCAAACACCUACAAACAUCUAGAAGCGCGGCAGCAGAACACGGGCGGGUCAUGGAGGGGGUACGCUGUGUUACAAAACUGACACUUCACAUUUGGUAGGAUGUUUUACUACGCUAGUAUUUUAACAGUUAAUUCAAAUUAAUUUUGUAAAUACUGUACAUUUUCAAUAAAGUCAUAGCAUAAUUCUUUGCA